GUUUUUGUCAAAUGAGCAUUGUCAAUUGUCAAGUCAUUUCAUUUCAUGAUUUGUCUAAUUUGUUUUAUUUACAAAAUUCAUUGAACUGCAUACUUCACAGUUUUAUUAAUUUAAGAAUUUUCACAUAGUUUGGAACCAUCAAUAAUUCAAUUUGAUUGUAUACGUCAUUCAUCAGGGAUUAAACAUCAACUAAGGGAUUCGAAUAUGGCUGGAUAUUUUGAAGAAAUGGGUUGGGCAGAGCUGCAGGAAGGACAACAGCCAAACCAUUUAUUAGACAUGGCAAGAUUCCUCAUAGAUUUUGGAUUUUAUGAUGAAGAUAUUAUUGGAGAGUGGCCAAGGCUUCCUCCACCUGCUUCAAAAGAAGCUGUGUCAAAUAUACCAGAGAUUACAAUAGAGAGUAGCGAUAAGAACUGUCCCAUUUGUUUGAAAACCUUCAAUGUUGGAGAGAAGGCAAAGGAGAUGCCUUGCCACCACCAAUUCCAUGCUAAAUGCAUUCUCACAUGGCUUGAGAGGACCAACUCAUGUCCAUUCUGCAGACAUGAGUUACCAACUGAUGAUGAGGCAUACGAAGCAUACAAGAAAGAGAAGAAAAGAAAAGAACAGAGAAAGGAAGACAUAGAAACACUCCAUAAUUCAAUGUUUAGCUAAUUUUAUUUUUCAAUAAUUAAUUAUUCUAUUAAAGUUAUUUAGUUUUAUUUUUAGAUAAUAGGUGGUGUCACAAAUAUGUUAAUCAGUAACUUUAAUUUA